AAACUACACUGCCAUGUAUCUUUUCUCCCGACUUAUCUCCCACGCUUCACCCAGAAGACACUCUUUCUCGCUUUCUUUCACCUUAAUCCCCCAUUUUUUCUCUUCUUUCUCUUCCGUAUGCAGAGCAGAGCCCAUUUUUGUCCCUUCUCAAAUCCCUCCAGUUCCCAAAAGCGUUCCUUUCACAGUCUCCCUUCAUGGCCAUUCGUUGCAAGAUCCUUACCAUUGGAUGCACAACACCAGCGACCCUGAUUUCUUAAACUACCUCAACCAAGAAAAUUCUUAUGCUCAAGCUUUCAUGGCCGACACUCAAUACCUGCAACGAACUUUGGUUGCUGAGAUGAAAAACUGGAUGCCCCCCAAGGUUUCCACCCCCGUUGAGCGUUUUGGACCAUGGCUUUAUUAUGAAUACAUUCCAGAAGGGAAGGAAUACCCGGUUCUCUGCAGGAGGUUUAAUACUGAGAAACGUGGUUGGGCGGAUAGGUUUCUCAGGAUUGCGAAAGCUGGGGUUAGAAGGGAGGAAAUUUUGCUUGACUGGAAUAAAGUUGCUGAAAAAUAUGGUUAUGUUCAUGUAGGUCAGUGUCGAAUUUCACCGGAUCAUAAUUUUCUAGCAUAUACACUUGAUGCUACUGGCAGUGAACAGUUCAUGCUUCAAGUUAAGGACCUUAGAAAUGGAUGUAUUAUUCCAAGGGCACCAGUUGAUGGAGUUGUUAGCUUGGCAUGGGCUCAAGAUUGCCAGACUUUGUUCUAUACAAUCGCAGAUGAGAAUCAACGACCUUACAGGGUUCUUUGCACAAAACUAGGAGUGGGUAAUACAGAUGAUACCUUGGUAUUUACGGAAAAUGAUUCUAGCUAUUGUGUGGACCUAACGAGUACUAAAGAUGGCAAGUUCAUAACUGUGAAUUCAAAUUCAAGGAGUUCAUCUGAGGUUUAUGUUAUAGACUCAACUGAUCCCUUGAAUGACUUGCAAAAAGUACAUAACCGCAUUCCUGGCAUACAAUAUUUUUUGGAACAUCAUUUUGGUUUCUUUUAUAUUCUUACAAAUGCUCCUAUGAAAGAAAAUAUGAAGUGUUCCAAUGAAGGAUUAUGUUUAGCUAGAUGCCAAGUUGGAGCUAUCCAGUCAACCACCUGGCAGAAUAUUUUCUUUCCCGGUGAAGAUACCAGUUUGCAGGAUAUGGACAUUUUCAAUGGACAUUUGGUGCUUUCUGUCAAUAAGAAUGGCUUUCCUAUGAUAUGUUCUAUUGAUUUGCCUAUUAAUGUUGAUUGCAAGCCUCAAAUGCAGAUUGAGGAUCUUGAUCCAUGGAUUUUUCCUAUACCCUCAAAUUCAUGUAGUAUUGAACCAUGUUCAAACCUCGACUUCAUGAACUCAGUAUACAGAGUGGUGCUGUCAUCUCCAGUGAUACCUGACAUUAUCGUUGAUUAUGACAUGAAAAGAAGGACAUUCUUGAUUGUUCAACAAGAGGAGGUACGUUGUGCUCCUGGCAAUGCUAAAUUAUACUCUUCAGGAUAUGCCCUGCAACAUCAUGGCAUUGAAAAGGUUGAAACGGACCAAAAUGUUGAAUUACAAAUAUGGAAGGACUUUUCUGAUACUUAUUGUUGUGAAAGAAAGGAAGUUAUUUCACAUGAUGGUGUCCUGGUUCCUCUGACUAUUUUGUACUCCCAAAAGGCUUGGAAGUGCGGCCAGUCACCUGGAAUUUUACAUGGUUAUGGAGCUUAUGGUGAAGUCCUUGAUAAAAGUUGGCGUGUGGACCGUCUCAGUUUACUUGAUCGUGGAUGGGUGAUGGCAUUUGCUGAUGUAAGGGGUGGCGCUGGUGAUGAUCCCUCAUGGCAUAAAUCUGGAAAUGGACUGUUGAAACAAAAUUCUAUACACGACUUUGUGUCUUGUGGCAAGUACCUUAUUGAUGAGGGCUAUGUUCAGAGAGAUCAGAUGAGUGCCAUUGGAGUUAGUGCCGGUUGUCUUCUUAUAGGGGCGGCUCUCAAUAUGCUCCCAAACCUGUUUCGUGCUGCAAUCUUGAAGGUACCAUUUCUUGAUAUAUUGAACUCAUUACUGGAUCCUAGUUUACCUCUCACCGUAUUGGACUAUGAAGAAUUUGGCAAUCCUCAGAUAAAGGCUCAAUUCGAGUGUAUUUUAAGUUAUUCUCCCUAUGAGAACAUUCGUCGUGGUGGUUGCCACCCUUCAGUUCUGGUUACAGCAUCAUUUAACGACUCGAGGGUUGGAGUUUGGGAAGCUGCUAAAUGGGUGGCCAAAGUACGAGAUGGUACAUGUGCUUUAUGUUCUCGUUCUGUCAUUCUGAAGACGAAUAUGACCGGAGGGCAUUUUGGUGAAGGUGGCCGCUACAGACAGUGUGAGGAAACAGCUUACGACUAUGCUUUUCUUGUUAAAGUUAUGGGAAUUAACAUGAAUUAGUAACAAACUUGCCUCCAUCAAAUCAAAUGUUCUUCAUUAGCAGCCAAAAUGGAAACUCAAAACAGUGGUCUUUCUUAUAAUCUUUUAUGUGAUUGAUGAUUAUGUUUUCUGAAAGAACACUAGAAUCCCAGUUCAAGCAGUCAUCAAUUCAUUUAUGAUUGAAAAACAAUGAGUCAGUUCCGAAGGAAAGUUGGUCAUCAAGAUGAUUUGCUAUAUA